AGUUGACCAAAACCAUAAUUUCAAGCUGUACUGAAAUAAAAUAAUAAAUUAAAAUGGGAUUAAAAUGUUGUGUGGAUUCGUGUCAAUUAGAAGCAAAUUCUUGGAAUAUUCAAUUACACCCGUUUCCAUUGAAUUCCACUCUUCAUAACAAAUGGAUAGCUGCAAUAAAAAAAUAUGAUCAAUUUGUACCUAAUAGAAACCUUCGCAUAUGUUCGGGACAUUUUAGACUAAAAGAUCGGUUGAGAAGUUCAUUUGGCUACUGUAAAUUGAAAUUAGGAGCUGUUCCGUCAAUAUUUGUCAAUAAUCAGCAGUCAUUAAUUAAAGUUGGCUUUGCAAAAUAUGUUGAAAUCAUUAAGAACUACCCAACAUCAGUUUCAGCUGAAGAAAUGCUUUCCAAAAAAACACUGGAAUUAAUAGUACAAUAUGGUGUUUUUACUGAUGGAGAUCUCAAGGCACGUCACAAAAGAGAAAAGUUUUGGGAUGAAUAUCUAGAUGGUUAUUAUGAGAAUGAAAAGCAGCUAUUUCAAAACAAAUAUAAUUAUUUAAAAAAAUUAUAUGAGAAGUAUCAAAGUGGUAUCGUCCCAGAUAUAUCUUCACUUCAAUUAGAAAAACUGAAAUUAAAGUAA